GAAUAAAAUGAAGAUGCUAGAAAAUUCCCCAUGAAUUAAAAAAGAGAAAGAGAAGUAGAAAUGCCAUUAACAUCCUCUUCUAUCUUAGCUUAUGGUUCCCGCUAUCAUACCCCUUUUAAGCACCUCACUCUCAUCUCUCCACCUAUCUCCUCCUGCUACACUUCGCUUCCACGUGUCCCCACUGCUAACCUGCGCACUCUCUCUUUUAUCGACUCUUCUCUCUCAACGGGAAACUUUUUCUUGUCUCGCAUGGAGAAAUACUUUUUUGGAACUGGAGGUGGCAAAAACAAGAACAGAGCUAUGGUGGAACAGUUGCAACGUUACGGAGUUUUUCAAUCCGACAAGGUUACAGAAGUGAUGGAAACCAUUGACAGGGGUUUGUUUGUACCUUCUGGAACCCCAGCUUAUGUGGAUAGCCCCAUGCCGAUUGGCCAUAACGCAACCAUAUCAGCUCCUCAUAUGCAUGCUAUGUGUCUUGAACUAUUAAAGGAUCAUCUGCAGCCUGGCAUGCACGCACUAGAUAUUGGUUCAGGCACGGGGUAUUUGACUGCAUGUUUCGCGGUGAUGGUUGGAUCACAAGGUCGUGCAGUUGGAAUAGAGCACAUUCCUGAAUUGGUCACUUGGUCAAUCGAAAAUAUAAAAAAAAGUGCUGCUGCUCCUUUGUUGGAAGAAGGAUCCUUGUCUGUUCAUGUCGGUGAUGGAAGGCUAGGAUACCCUGAGGCUGCACCUUAUGAUGCGAUCCAUGUGGGGGCUGCAGCACCAGAGAUUCCGGAAGCAUUGAUAGAGCAACUAAAACCUGGAGGAAGAUUGGUGAUUCCGGUGGGAACCUACUUUCAGGAUUUGAAGGUGGUGGACAAACAACACGAUGGAAAACUCAAUGUGAGAACCGAAACAUCCGUGAGAUACGUCCCUCUAACCAGCCGAGAGGAGCAGUUACAGGGUUGAUUGAGCUGCCUUUAUUUCAUGUCUGUUACGGUUCAUGUAAAUCUAUUAUCUAUUUGUCAUCCGCUUGUUAUGUGUCAUCAUCCACUAAUCGUAGACUCGUAGUAGCGUGUACUUUUCCCUCGCCGUUUGUAAAUAUUUACAGUGGUUUUGAAUUGUAUCGAACUGUAAAACCAUGAGCUGGUUGAAAGGUG